AGCAACCCAGCUCCAGCGCUCCACCGCUCUCCCCGGCCGCGGCGCCCCUCGCCGCCCUCCACGUCUCCGCCCCCCGCAGCUACGUGUCGCCGAGCAGGGAUCUCCCCAUCCAUGCAAAGCAGGGCUAGCCUGAUUGCAAGAACCUUCUCUCCGACCCUGCUCUCCCAAUCCCAUUCGACACACAGAGACACUUCCAUACAGGCACGGACGUCUUCCCCGCGUGCCCAGUAAUCUGAGCAAGUGAAAGGGAGCCAGGAGGAAGACGGCCAUGGAUCUGGUGAACGGGGUGCUGAACUGGGUGGUGACGCCGGCCAUGGUGGCCGGCCUGCUGCUCUUCUACCCGCCCUACUACCUCUUCAAGAGCUGCUACUCCUUCCUCUCAUGGCUCUUCCCCGAGGACGUCGCCGGGAAGGUCGUCCUCGUCACCGGCGCAUCCUCCGGCAUCGGCGAGCAACUGGCAUACCAGUACGCGUUGAAGAGGGCCUCUCUAGCCCUAGUAGCAAGAACGGAAUCGAGCCUCCGUCAUGUUGCGGACCGAGCAAUUGAGCUCGGUGCACGUGACGUGAUUGUUCUACCAGGCGAUGUCGCAAACCCUGAUGAUUGCAAGAGAUUUGUCCAGACUGCGAUCAGUCACUACGAUCGAUUGGACCAUCUUGUGUGCAACGCUGGCAUCGCAAGCGUAGGAGCGUUUCAGGAGAUUCCAGAUGUGACCAACUACAGUUCUCAGCUUGAUGUGAACUUCUGGGGUUCAGUUCAGACAACCUUUGCUGCACUCCCGUAUCUGAAAAGGAGCCGAGGAAGAAUCGUUGUCACCGCUUCUGCAACAGCAUGGAAUCCUGUUCCAAGAAUGAGCUUCUAUAAUGCUGCCAAUGCUGCGCUGGUGAACUUCUUUGAGACGCUGCGAACCGAGCUUGGAAGCGAAAUUGGGAUCACAAUAGUAACCCCUGGAUGGAUCGAGUCUGAAAUGUCAAAAGGGAAAUACCUGAAGGAGCAUGGAGAGAUGGAGGUUGAUCAAGAAAUGCGUGAUGCUCAAAUUGGUUUGUUUCCAGUGGAGUACGCGAAGAACUGCGCCAGGGCCAUGGUGCAAGCAGCUUGCCAAGGUGAGCGCUAUCUCACAGUGCCGGCAUGGUUCAGGGCAAUGUACCUGUGGAGGGUGUUUGCGCCGGAGGUCGUCGAGGUCUGCUACCGCCUCCUGUACAUGCACGGCCAUGGCGCGAGCCAAACCGACGCCCCGAGCAAGACGAUGGCUCAGGCAGGUGGGAAGCAGCUGCUGUACCCAACCUCGCUGCGUUCUGACGACGUCAAGAGCGACUGAGGUCGUGUGCGCACCAAGUGCACCUUGCUUGUCGGCCUUUGGACACCAACUUCAACUUGGUACACUUGAUAGGUCCCAUGGAAUGAGUGUGGUACGGAAAUCUGGUCGAAACUGUUGUGACCAUGUUAAUAUGCUGUGUAUCUUACCAUGAAUAAGUCAUGCUCGCUCUGG